UAUAAAACUUGGUUCACAGAAUAGUCAAAACGAAUAUUUCCUACAUUUCUCCCGCCCCUUUUAUCACGCUCGUUCGCUAUAAAAAGUGUGAGCAACGGCGAAACAGCAUUCAGUAGCCUUCGCGCAGUCUACAGAAGUGCAAGAUGAGAGUACUGAUUGUCGCCGCCGUCCUCGCCUGCGCCGCCGCAGCGCCCUCGGGCCUGCUGGCUGGUCCCUACGGUCAUGGUCUGAUCGGCCAUGGCGCCCCUCUGGCUUACGGCCAUGGCGCCCCUCUGGCUUACGGCCAUGGCGCCCCUCUGGCUUACGGCCACGCCGCCCCCUUGGCUGUAGCGCACGCCGCGCCCCUGGCCGUGGCUCACGCCGCCGUCCCCACCAUCUCCCCUGGUGACAUCCAGGGCGCCGCCAUCGAUGCCCAUGUUGAGGCUGCUGACCACGUCCGCGCCGCCGUCGACUCCCACCGCGAGCUCCACGACCAGGCUGCUGAACUCCACGGACAGGCCAUCAACGCCGCUGAGGAUCACUCGUGGCAGGCCGUUGAUGCCGUGAAGACCCACGAGGCUCAGUUGGACGGUGCUGCUGCCGGCGCCGCGCCCAUCCUCGCUAAGCAGCUGGCCGGCCACGCCGGAGUGUACGCCGCCCCCGCGCUCGCGCACGCUGCCUACGCCGCCCCCGCACUCGCGCACGCUGCCUACGCUGCCCCCAUCGCGCACGCCGCCAGCCACUCCGUGUCCUCCCAGUCUCUGCACCAGACCCACCCCGCCCCGCUCGUGCACGCUCCCGUGAUCGCUCACUCCGCCCCCGUGCUCGCGCACGCCGCUCCCGUAGCGUACGCCGCGCACGCCGGCUACGCUCACGCCGGACUAGCUCACGCCGGCUACGCUAACGCUGGACUCGCGCACGCUGGCUACGGUCACGCCGGUCUUGCCCACGGCCUAUCCCACUGGUAGACUAUUAGAUUUACAAAAAGUGCCAAAUAUUUUCUAAUACUCAAACGUUUCGAAUUUAAAUUAAAAACAAAACCAACAGAAAGGCGAGGAAGUGUAAAUAAACAAAAUAG